UCUCCCGGGAGGACGGAUGGGGUCAGGCCCCAUCAUGGCGGCAGAGGAGGCGGAUGUGGAUAUCGAAGGGGAUGUGGUGGCAGCGGCGGCACAGCCAGGAAACGAUGAAAGUACAGCAUCUAUUUUACAAGAUCACUAUCUUGAUUCAUCAUGGAGAACUGAGAAUGGUCUUAUUCCUUGGACUCUGGAUAACACCAUCAGUGAAGAGAACAGAGCUGUCAUUGAGAAAAUGUUGUUGGAAGAAGAGUAUUAUUUAUCUAAAAAAUCACUUCCAGAAAAAUUCUGGCUUGGUCAAAAGGAAGAUGAUAAAAAAUACAUGAAGAGUCUGCAGAAAACAGCAAAAAUCAUGGUACAAUCUCCUACAAAACCAGCCAGUUUCUCAGUAAAGUGGACGAUAGAAGAAAAAGAGCUGUUUGAACAAGGGCUGGCUAAAUUUGGCCGAAGGUGGACCAAAAUUGCAAAGCUAAUUGGAAGUCGAACUAUUUUACAAGUGAAGAGCUAUGCCAGACAGUACUUUAAAAAUAAGGUAAAAUUAGAUGGUCCAGAGAAGGAAACACCAAAUCAGAAGAACAGCAGUGAUUUUCAGAUUAGAAGUGAAGAUGAAAGCUCAAAGUCAUGGACCCCAUCAAGUUUAAGGGGACGUGCUGAUCCCAACUUGAAUGCUGUAAAAAUUGAGAAGUUAUCUGACGAUGAAGAAGUAGACAUCACAGAUGAGGCAGAUGAGUUGACUUCUCAGGCACCUCAGGAGAAUCCUAGUAGUGAUCUUUUAUUAGACACCCCUAAUAGUAAAAGUAAUGAAACCUACCAAGGAGAAUGUAUUACCUCUGACAGCAAGGAAGAUCCCAUUUCUAAAUCUUCCAAGGAAUAUCUUCAGAAUUCAAAGCACGUUGAGAUGGAAACACUUUCAAGCUCAGGAAUUAAAUUUUGGACUGAAAAACAGAGCACCAGUGAUAAAAAAUCAGUUGAAUUAAAUGAUCAGAAAUGUAAUAAACUGAUGAAAAACUGUGAUAAGCAUAAUGGAAAUGGAAUAGUAGAUGAUACCAGGCUGUUGCCUUCUCCGGAGCCUUGUGAAGUUCAGAAAGAUUUGAGUGAUCAUGAAAUGCUUUUUCAUUCUUGCCAAAUGGAGGAGGAGCACCAUGAGGAAGAAGAGCUUAAGCCACCGGAGCAAGAAGUAGAAAUAGAUAGAAAUAUUAUUCAAGAAGAAGAAAAACAAGCAAUUCCUGAGUUUUUUGAGGGGCGCCAAGCUAAAACACCAGAACGCUAUUUGAAAAUUAGGAAUUACAUUUUGGAUCAGUGGGAGAUAUGCAAACCGAAAUACUUAAAUAAGACCUCAGUACGUCCUGGCCUGAAGAACUGUGGGGAUGUUAAUUGUAUUGGACGGAUUCAUACAUACCUCGAAUUGAUAGGAGCAAUCAAUUUUGGAUGUGAACAGGCUGUAUAUAACAGGCCACAACCAGUUGAUAAAGUACGAAUCAGAGACAGAAAAGAUACAGUAGAAGCAUACCAACUUGCCCAGCGUCUGCAAUCCAUGCGCACAAGGAGGCGUAGGGUCCGAGACCCAUGGGGAAAUUGGUGUGAUGCAAAAGACUUAGAAGGACAGACGUUUGAGCACCUCUCUGCUGAGGAGUUGGCAAGAAGAAGAGAAGAGGAAAAAUGCAAACCUAUUAAAUCUUCAAAAGUGCAAAGACCAACAAAAAGCUCAUUUGAUCCCUUCCAACUGAUACCUUGUAAUUUUUUCAGUGAAGAAAAGCAGGAGCCAUUUCAGGUGAAAGUGGCUUCAGAAGCACUUUUAAUAAUGGAUUUGCAUGCUCAUGUGUCUAUGGCAGAAGUGAUUGGUCUCUUAGGAGGAAGAUACUCAGAAAUUGAUAAGAUAGUCGAAGUCUGUGCAGCAGAACCAUGUAACAGUCUGAGUACAGGACUGCAGUGUGAGAUGGACCCUGUUUCACAAACACAGGCCUCGGAAGCCUUGGCUGUCAGAGGCUACAGUGUUAUUGGCUGGUACCAUUCUCAUCCUGCCUUUGAUCCCAACCCUUCCCUACGAGAUAUUGAUACCCAAGCCAAAUACCAGAGUUACUUCUCCAGAGGUGGUGCCAAGUUCAUUGGAAUGAUUGUUAGUCCCUAUAAUCGAAACAAUCCUUUACCAUAUUCCCAGAUUACCUGUCUGGUUAUAAGUGAUGAAAUUAGCCCAGAUGGCUCUUAUCGUGUACCUUAUAAAUUCGAAGUACAGCAGAUGUUAGAAGAACCUCAGUGGGGAUUAGUGUUUGAAAAGACAAGAUGGAUAAUAGAAAAAUACAGGCUCUCCCAUAGCAGUGUCCCUAUGGAUAAAAUUUUUCGCCGGGAUUCUGACCUGACUUGUUUGCAGAAACUUUUGGAGUGUCUGAGGAAAACUCUGAGCAAAGUGACAAAUCGCUUCAUCGCUGAAGAAUUCUUGACUCAAAUAGAAAAUUUAUUCCUUUCCAGUUAUAAAAGCAAGCAGGAGAAUGGAGUGGGUGAAGACAACUGUACUGUAGGUCCAAAGGAAUUGUUAAUGUAGUGAUUUUAAAGUAAGACAUUUUAAUCUUGACACAAUAGGUCCCACUGCCAUUUACAACCUUGAAUGAUUGUAAUUUAGUUAACAGUGACACAGCUUUGAUACUUUUCUCUAGUUCACAAAAUCGGAACUUUGCCACAUAAAUCAUGUGACAGAAAGAGAUAGGGACUUGUUUUUAUGUAGUGAGUACCAGAGUUUGUGUAAAUGGGUUUGCCACAUUGCUCCUGUCCUGUGAGCGGUGGCCAGCAAGCAGAGCAGCAGACUGACGGGCUGUCUGCUUUACUGUUGUAUUCAGGUUGAUAAGCAGAAUGUGUCUCUAAUUUUUAUUUCUCCCUGAACUAGUCAUUCCAUUUUUGGGAUCUCAUGUCUCAUUAGGAGCACUUCCAUCCUUUCCAUGUGUUUUGGUGAGAUUUGUUUAUGGUUGCAAAUGAGAUAUGGAUGGGUGGUCCCAGAGGUAAUUAACGUGGUUGAAAAUUACUGAUUUAAUAAAUCU